ACAAAAUGGAGAAUUCAAAACCAUUUGUAUUUGUAUCUGGUCGUAGCAAAUUGAUAUUCAACAUGGUUAAACAAGCCGAAAACGACUCCACUAUUGAAGGUGAUCCAGAACCAAAUCAAGAUCCAGGCCAUCCAGAUCCUGAUCCAGAUCCAGAUCCUGAUCCCCAAUGCUCAUUGAAUCAAGACUAUACUAUGGAAGAUGGCUCUCAAUGUUCAUCACCCACAUUCGACAAAGCUGAUGAUUCCGAUCAAGACCCAGAUUACAAAGAUGGAUCAUCAUCAUCGAGUUCAUCAACAUCGAUGUAUCACAUUUUGGAAGCAUUAUGUACUUAUAAAUAAAUAAAAAAUGCUCAAAACUGAAUUAUUAUUGAUAUGAAUAACCUUAUAAAUGUUAAAAACACAAUAUUAUGGAAGAAUAUUUUAUCAGGAAAAGUGACACAAGUCAAAGUGGGGUUGAUUUAUCCCCCACCAAAGACCCCACAAGAUGAAAUUGAACAAAAUCGACAUGUGGAAUGCAAGAAAACUAUCCUGGUACAAGGAUUUUCUGUAUUAUAGUUGUUCAAAGUAGGAUUUUAACAA